GACGACAACCACGGACACAGUCGUCCAUAUGAGGGCUAUCGUGUGCGUUAUAAUGCCUGAAGCAUGUCUGUUUGGAAGCGGCAAUCUUUAUUUUUCGUCAAUUUCAUGAGCUAACUGCCGAGUUGGUAUAGUCAAAAUGGCGCCCUGUUGCUAGUUCGAAGCGGUGCUAAUCUGUCCGUGAUUAUUAGCUGGAUAGUUCGGAUUGUAAUCCCUGUGUCGUCGUGGUUCUUCGCGCGGAGAGGGGGUCUCUCUGUCUCUGGGGUGGACUCUGGCCGAGCACACGGCAGCGUCAUGUCGGACUCGGAGGAGGACAGCCAGGACCGACAGCUUAAAAUUGUGGUCAUCGGCGACGGCGCUUGCGGGAAGACUUCACUCGCCACCAGGUUUGCUCAGGAGGCCUUUGGGAAGCAGUACAAACAAACGAUCGGCCUGGAUUUCUUUCUGAAGAGAAUAAGCCUUCCAGGAAAUCUGAAUGUGACCCUGCAGGUGUGGGACAUUGGAGGCCAAACGUUAGGAGGGAAAAUGCUGGAUAAAUAUGUGUACGGCGCUCAUGGGGUGCUUCUUGUUUAUGACAUAACCAACUACCAGAGCUUUGAGAACCUGGAGGAUUGGUUCACCAUGGUGAAAAAGGCAAACGAGGAAUCCGACAUCCAGCCUGUGGUCUCCCUGGUAGGAAACAAAAUUGACCUGGAGCACAUGAGGACGGUGAAGGCUGACAAGCACCAGCGCUUUUGCCAAGAAAACGGCCUCAUCAGCCACUUUGUGUCUGCCAAGACCGGGGACUCUGUGUUUCUUUGUUUCCAGAGAGUUGCGGCUGAUAUUCUCGGCGUGAAGCUGAACAAAGCAGAGAUAGAACAGUCCCAGAGGAUCGUGAAGGCCGAGCUGGUCAACUACCCUCAGGAUGAAGGCCCGAUUAGACAAGAGAACCGCCAGCAGAGCAAAAUAUGUUCAGUUCAAUAGUUGGAACGCGUCGUCAAAGCGGACAUCGUAAACUACAGUCAGGAUAUGGUGACCCGGACGGUCAACCCCCCUCGCAGCUCCAUGUGUGCAGUGCAGUGAGUCCAGGCAAAGCAGCCUUGAUGGCAUCUUGUCAGUCAGUAUUUCGAUCCCAGGCUGACAUGUUCAAACUGUGUCGUCUGUACUUGUGUGUGUUGCUUGUACGACUAAGAUGAAAAACCGAGGGCAUAGUGAAGAAACACCAAUUAGCUCUCAUUUUAUUUCUGUGAUUCAUCUUUUCCAAAGAACGGAAUGGGUGAGCAUCCACUACUGCCUCGCAACAUUAACAGAAUGUAUUUUUUUUGGUUUAAAGACAGAUGAAACCAAUGAGGUCUUACCACAAUUUUGAGACAUUUCUGAAUAUGGGGUGCUAAAAUUAGUUAGCGCUUUGUGCUCCACCGUAGACUAAUAAGUAUAAAUUGCAAACCAUUGAUUCUUUAUGAUUCCAGUUUAAUUAUGCUCAGCUAUUAAGGGUAUUUCUUCCCUACGUACUUGCUCCAAUAUUCAAUGACAACACAGUGUUGACCAAGUCGUAGAAGAAAUGUUUACAUGUAUGUAUUGUUUUGAAGAGUGACUCAUUUUAAGUAGUAUAUAGCUUAUACACUAUAUGUAAAUGUUGACAUUUAAAACAUGACAUCUAACUCCUUCGUACCCGUCAAAAACAAUGACACAUUAAAUGUGCACAUUUAGAUUCCUGCUAUGUAAAUAAGUUGUUGAUGACUUGCAUAUGUACAGUUUAAACUGAUGAUCAUUUAGCUGGUUUCUGUAAUUAAAUAAAGAUUUUAUGUUGAAUAUGACAAUUAGUAACUGAAUAUGGUGUCAUUUUAGACAGUUUCUAUUCAAUCUUUAGCACAUCUAAUCAUUCUACAGAGGGGAUAAAAAGAAACAUUUGAAUCAUGUGCAUAAAAAAGGCAAGGGAAGAUGGGAAAAAAAGGCAUCAAACGAUAGAUGAGACAUUUUUACAAUGUCAAAAAUGUUAAGAUUUUUUUGCUGCCUCCUUUGAAAAGCUCAGAACUUUCUCACUUUGAUCCACCAAUCAGCACCAUGUGUUCUUUGAAGCAGUUGUUUGCAGUGAUUCCCAACUACCAGGCUGGGUACCGGUCUGUAGCGCAUUUGCAACCGGGCCGCAGAGAAAUGGUGAAUAAUUUGUUAACAACCGCAAUCCGUGCCACUUCACACAUCAAUAUUAAUCCGUGUAGAGAUGUGUGUACGUUGCCCGCCAGUUGUUGGCUGCCAUUACUGGGGUGUUUGCAGCCCAGCGUCAGUCAAUGUAAACAGUAACGUUAGCUGCUGUUGGAUGUAUGCUGCGGGUAGCGGCGUCUUCGGACAGCUUUUUUAUGGGGAAAAGGCCUACUCCUGAGCUCGAAGAGGAGCAACCUACAACCACUUCCAUUCUGCAUAAUAUGUAGCUAAUAACUAGCAAACGAGGCAACAAAAGCGAAUGCACUGAGAGCAUCAUACCUCAUGGCGAAAGCCAAGAAACCUUUCACGAUCAGAGAAGGACUUAUUAUGCCUGUGACCAAAGAUAUUUACCAACAAGUUUUAGAGGAGGCGGCUGUUAUAAAGGGCGUGUUGUGAGUGACAUUUUCCCUGCACUUAAUGUUUGUUUUUAUCUCUGUCGUGUUAUUUUAUGUUUAAUGUAAUUUUCUGCCACACAUUUUCGGUCCAUGUUGCAAAAAAGGUUGGGGACCACUUGUCUAGAACACUGAAAUUCAAAUGAAAAUACUUGAUGCUUACAAUGCAGGAGAAGGCUAUAAGAUGAUCACAGCGUUUUCAGGUGUCAAUAUCCUCUCUUUGGAAUGUAAUUUGGAAAUAGCAGUCAUCAGGAACAGUGAAAGUUAAAACAAGAUGUGGAAGACCAAUCGCAGGAAUGCCCUUCGGCAUACGUUCGGCUACAAUACUGUCAAGGGCCCUUUCAAUUUCAAACGAAUUGUAGCCGAUCAUCACCAUUUCCCAAUGGCAACUGCUGUAUGAGCUGCCGCUUUCCUAAGGGCUUUACCGGCCGCUGUUCGCUGCCGUCUGGCUGUUUUUUGCUUUCCCAUAGCCUCGCUGAUGAAAGCUAUGGUUAUUCUCACGUUUACAAGGCAUAGUAAAUGAGUUCUGUAGACAUGAGGAAGAUUUAAACAAAGUAUCAUCCAUGUUGUAUCAGGCUACGGUAACAAGUGGACAUUUGGCACUUGAACGGGGCAUGGAUUGAGCACAGUCAGCGAACACACCUACAGUGUCUGAGACCAGAGGGCCCGGCUUCAUUUUUUCCCAUUUUGAAAACUUAGUUUACUUCAUUUUUAAAAUCGAUUCAAAACAAUCAUGCUUUGGGGUUGUAUUGCAACCAGUGGCACAUGGAUUAAGUAGAAGGUAUAAUUAUUUCAAUAUAAUUUCAGCAAAUUUUGGAUGAUAAAUUGAUGUCAUCUGUGAAAAAGCUGAAAUUAGAGUUUGAUUUUUACAAAUGGAUAAAAAUUACAAAUCGACCGAUAUGGCUUGCUCAGGACUGAUACCGAUUAUUAGUACAGUGGUACACCUACAUACGAAGUUAAUUUGUUUCAGGACCUUGUUUGUAAGUCGAGAUCGUUGUAUGUCAAGCAGGAUUUUCCCAUAAGAAUACAUUAUAAUUCCAUUAAUUCGUUCCAUAGCCCGAAAACCUACACUAAAUCCUUAAUAAAUGCUGAUGGUACUAUUAUAAAUGGCAAUUACACAUAGCAAAACAAAUAAAUUGUAAAUUAAAAUCGGAAUAAUAAUACAAUAAAAUAAUAAUAUUACAGAUAAUUCCUGUAAUAAUGUAAAGAAGCGGGUUCUAAUGUAGCGAUGUGUUUUGCGUGCUGUACCUGAACACACCUUGUGGCUGACGCGACAGAGUAAGAGAGUUGCGGUAGAGAUUUUACUUUCUCUUUAAAUGUUCUCUUGUUGGCGUCAACUGUGGCGGACAGUAGGCGUGUUGUGUUGCACAAGUUCUUAAAUUAUUAAAAUCUUCACUAAGCCAGCGAUUUCUUUGGCGAUGUUACCACAAUAAUAAUUGUGCCCUUAACUUAUAAAGACUGGCAAAGGAGGUCGAAUUAGGAGUGUCAAGAUCGUACACAUUCUACGGCCGUAUUGUCGACCUAGUUCAUGGACGGGCACACCACUUUUAUAUUUUUCUAUCAUUUCCAUCUUCAUUUCAAUGGUAAGCCUCACCUUAUUCCUUUUUUUUCCACCUACACUCACCUUGUUGGAACCCAUGUUGAUUUCUCUCACAAGAAAAUCUGCCGUGCGUCCAUCUUGCGGGAAAACAAAGAAAGUGCGGCGUUGUCAUGAAUCGUCGUAUUUCUAGUAAGUCGUCGGAAGUAGAAACAAAUGGCGAGUCAAAUUUUACACCAGAUGUUGAAAAUAUCGUAUGUCGAGGUACCACUGUAGUUAGAAGGGCCAAUACCCGAUUAUUGGAGCAGAUAUUCAUUUGCAGUAAAAGUGUAAAAAUUGGCUUAAAAAAUUGAAUAAUGCAAACACUGAACUUCAAUGAAAUGCCUAAAGCAUGUUUAUUGAAUCACACAAAAAAGAAAAUAAUAGCUCCAGAAGUGCUUUAAUUUCCUAGACUCAGAAACAUCUCUUAUAAAGUUGAAUAAAAGGUUAAAUAAAUAGCUCUCUAAAAUAUUUCCACAGAAAAUUUAGAACUACAAACAUAAAAACAGGUCUAGACAAAUGGACAAACAAUUCAUAAAAAUAACAAACAUAUAACCCAGUUUUAAAUGGAUUUUUUCAUAUCGGCCGGUCGCAUUAAAAAACAGGCCGAUACCGAUAUACGCCAAAUUUACAAAUAUCGGCAAUAUUCGGUCCAUCACUAAUAAAAAUCCUAAACACUCCUCAAAAUCUAUGGUGGAUUACAUAAAGAGGCGGAAACUGAAGAUUUUGCCAUGGCCUCCACAAUCUGCUGACCUCACAAUAAUUGAAAAUCUAUGGAUAGACCUGAAAAGAGCCGUGUAUGAGAGACAGCCCAGAAAUCUCAAAGAAUUUUGAAAGAAAGAAUAGGCCAGGAUACCUCAAACAAGUGCUUACAAGCUGUAAUACUUGCUGUAGGGGGCAGUGCAAAGUAUUAAUUUUGCUGGGAGUCCAAACCUUUGCAGAAAGCAAGCACUAUUAUGUUUUCUGGUACUUUGAAAGUGUAAAUGAUGGAAAUAAAAUCAAGCUUUUCUUGACAUGUAAGAAUGCCUUAGCUAUCAUUUGUUGCCUCUUAGAGAUUUUUCAUUUUUGCUUUUCUUCUUCAUGAACAUUCAUACAAAUUUUUACCCUGGAUAUCCACUGUAACAGUGAACUCAUAACGAUGGGAGUUGAGUGCUUGGUAAGACGAUUUGCGAUUAAGUGUCUGUGUGUUGAAAUUUAAGGAUUAGAACUGAAAUGUGACCACCCUCACACCCUCUCUAUACAGAGCUAGCCAACUUGCUGUCGGCUAAUGAUCCACCUGGUCUUUGUUCCGUACAUCUUCAGAAAAAAACCUCUAAGUCCACUCUGGACAGAUGAUACAAACACCUUAUAAAUGCUUGUAAACUGAAUUAAUUACUAAAUAGUCCAGUCUUUUGUUUAAAGAUGGGUACAAGCCUUUUUUUGCCUCCUCAGCGACAUUGAAACCAGCAGUGGAUUAAGUGGCUUUGAAACCACACGGAUAAACAAAACAAAAGACAGUAUCUCUCCAACCAGGUGUCGGCUCCAAUGAAGACUACAAACAGAGCAGAAAUGCUCGGCCCAGAUGGGGUCAUGCCGGCCCCACGUGCAUUGUUUCGCUCGAGUGGACGUCUUAGGAAUUGUCUCGGCAGGAUUUUUUUUGUUGAGAGCUGUCACCAGCGUUGACAGGCGAGAGUUGCCCUUGGCUUUGCCGCUGUUUGGACAGGUGUUUUUGCAAAGAAAACAACCGCAAACCAUUUCCAAGCUCAGACCCGCACAAUAUUGUCACGUCUCUUCAGACGAAAGCAAAGAAUAUCGGCGCAAAUAAUGCUGAGGAAAGGAUGAGGCUUUGCUACACUGCCGAACGUCAAGGUUGGAUGGCUCAAAACUGAACUUUCCUUCCUGUUUGUUCAAUGGCUUCGUGUGAGGCAUUUUUGCUAAUGAACAAUGUAACACACAUAGUUAACAUUCCUUAUGUAAGAGGU